AUGUCUACCCGACGGAGCAACGACUUCCCAGUCUCGCCGAUUCUUCCGGAGGAGACAUCCUACGCGGAUCCAGAACAACAUACACCAGAGAGGAAUCUAGAACGGCCUGCCGGGGCUGAACCGGGCGUUUCCGAAACCGUCGUGUCACCCUCUUCUCCACUCAGUGACCGAAAUCAUGAGGAGGGGUCUAGACCAGUUGCGACCGAAGACAAGACACCUGAGAGCAGCCCGUCCAACUUUCGCAAAAACAAUAAAACCGCAGUGUCUAUAAUCCUUGUCUCAACUUUGUUUCCAAUCCUCUUCGCUUCCGUCGUCGGUCGGUUGAUGUUCGAAUCCGCGCGAUGGAAGCUAGAAAAGGGAGGGAGCUUGGGCUCUCUGGAGCAGCUCAUGGGAAGCAGAACGGUCGGGUCUACCCUCUGGACUGUUAUUCAGUUCCGGACAGUAAACCUACUAGCAGCGGCGUUAGUGCUUGUCUGGGCAUUUUCGCCUCUUGGGGCACAAGCGAUCCUGCGCAUGUUGAAUUCCCGCAGCCGCACUGACAGCCGUUCCGUGACCAUCGCCUCUUUCGACAACCUGUCUCGUUCUUGGUUUGCUUCGAUGGUAUCAGUUGGUGGCGUCAGUGGCGGUCAGAACCGAGGUUUACUCGAAGAUAUCGCGAAUAUUUACACUAUCGUCAUCAUGGAACCACGGAGCAACAAGCUCGACGCAGUGGAUUUAUGGGGGAAUGUGAAAAUCCCUAUGAUGGACUCAGAUGCUACCGAUGGAUGGAACAAGGUAGCCGGCGAUGUCAACAAGAUCCAGUAUUCAUCCUUAGUUGGGAUCCCCGUCAGUUACGACAAUCUUGGAGACGCAACAUUCUCGCUCGAGUCUAGUUACCUUGAUCUUGAAUGCCCAGAGGCCGACCGCUUUCUCGGGGGAGAACUCAGGUAUGCACCAAAAUGGUCAAAUGUUACAGACGUGUUUAUCAGUCCCACGACGGGGUCGAAUAACCCCAGGACAGACAAAUACCCCAACGGAACGUGGCACGGGUAUGACCACCGCAGGAACACCAGUGACUCGGGAUAUCCCCAAUGGGGCAUCGCAGUGGACAGGUUCGUCGAUCGUUUCUGGUUUGACGACGAGUCGCCGCGGCCGGAGAGCUACGACAACCCGUACCUAGACUGUCCGAUCGUGUUUACCAACGAAACAGGCAUGGACUUCAGUCCCACAAAGCUCCUCCUUCGGCUAUCCCUGAGGGCCAGCUCGAUCCAAUACUGGAUGAUGGACGAAAUUGAAAUCACAUGCCACAUGAGUCAGAAAUAUGUCGAGUCUCGCAUUAGCUGCUCAAACGAAAAUGACAAACAUCGAUGCAAGGUGGUCGAACAGCGACGGUCCGAGAAGCGGCAUUCUCCAGAAAGCAUAUCGCACCUGUCAUUUCCACGAGCCUUCAACUACAUUGCUAGAGACUUACCUGCCGCGACGGGCAAGCAGCUCGCCGAUGCAACCGACCCCUCUGUAUUCUAUCUUGCACACCCGAUUCGGGCCACGGCUUAG